AUGGCGGCAGCGGCUGCGGCUGCCCGAGCGCUUCCUGUGGGCUCUGGGCUCCAGGGUCUGCAACGCACGCUGCCGCUUGUAGUGAUUCUCGGGGCCACCGGCACUGGCAAGUCCACUCUGGCCCUGCAGCUAGGCCAGCGGCUCGGUGGCGAGAUCGUCAGCGCUGAUUCCAUGCAGUCUCAAGAGAUGGGCACUGGGAAAGUAAUUGAUCUGAAAGUAGAGCUUGAGAAGGAGGAUGGCCAUGUACUGCACAAACGCCUAAGCCAGGUGGACCCAGAAAUGGCUGCCAAGCUGCACCCACAUGAUAAGCGCAAAGUGGCCAGGAGCUUGCAAGUGUUUGAAGAAACAGGAAUCUCUCACAGUGAAUUUCUUCGUCGUCAACAUGCAGAGGAAGGCGGUGGUCCCCUCGGAGGCCCUCUGAAGUUCCCUAACCCUUGCAUCCUCUGGCUUCAUGCUGACCAGACAGUUUUAGAUGAGCGCUUGGAUAAGAGAGUGGAUGACAUGCUUGCUGCUGGUCUCUUGGAGGAGCUAAGAGAUUUUCACAGGCGCUAUAAUCAGAAGAAAGUUUCAGAAAAGAGCCAGGACUAUCAACAUGGUAUCUUCCAGUCAAUUGGCUUCAAGGAAUUUCACGAGUACCUGAUCACUGAGGGAAAAUGCACACCAGAGACAAGUAACCAGCUUCUAAAGAAAGGUAUCGAGUCUUUGAAGCAAGUAACUAAGAGAUAUGCCCGGAAGCAAAACCGAUGGGUUAAAAACCGUUUUUUGAGCAGACCUGGUCCCAAUGUCCCCUCGGUAUAUGGCUUAGAGGUGUCUGAUGUCUCCAAGUGGGAGGAGUUUGUUCUCAAACCUGCUCUUGAUAUCGUGCAAAGUUUUAUCCAGGGCCACAAACCUGCUGCCACUCCAAUAAAGACAUCACACAAUGAAACUGAGAACAAAAGAAGUUACCAUAUGUGUGACCUCUGUGACCGAAUCAUCAUCGGGGACCGUGAGUGGGCAGCACAUAGGAAAUCCAAAUCUCACUUGCACCACCUGAAGAAAAGAAGAAAAUUGGACUCAGAUGCCAUCAAUACCAUAGAAAGACAGAGUAUUUCUCCAAACUGAAACAUAGAACUUCAAGAGAAGAGAUCCUCGGGACAGCAUAUCAAGGGCCAAAAUAAGCAUUUAAGAGAUAUGUUCAGUGGCCUUUGCAAAGGAGGGAGGGUCAAGUUCAGGAAGGAGGUUGCAUCUGUUUGUACUGCCCUGGAACGCAGAAUGCUGG